AAAGAGCAAUACAGGGAAUGAAUACUGCUGCUCACGAAGGGAUCCACUAGCGGCUCUGACGUCUAAGUCGAGGAAGUCCGAAGUUUCAGCUGAUUUACUUGUUGAUUUACUUUAUUUCAUUUUAAGGCAUACGUAGACUUACUAGCGAUGUCUGGCGAACAGAAGGAGGGACAAGAGGCCAUGAAUGUAUACAGUAUAACCCUGAGCGGCCCCGCGCCCUGGGGCUUCAGACUGCAGGGAGGAAAGGACUUCAGCAUGCCCCUCACCGUCUCCAGGCUGACCCCAGGGGGCAAGGCCGCCCAGGCCGGGGUUGGGGUGGGAGACUGGGUGGUGUCCAUCGGCGCGACCAACGCAGAGGACAUGACCCACGUGGAGGCACAGAACCAGAUCAGAGCAGCAACAGACUCGCUCACCCUCACCCUCAGCAAAGCUUUCCAUGCGGGGGGAGACCAGAAGCAGGACUGUUCCCCUGCCUCUGUGCAGCCUAAGUACUCCUUUGCCCCCAGCACGGCCAUUAACAAGAUGGCACGGCCGUUUACACCAGCCGGGGGCAGUGCCAACUCAGGUCCUGUCAUUAAACCGGUGGCGUACGCCCCUAAGAUUAACACACCACGGUCACUGGCCCCCAGCAGCAUGCAACAUCCACACAACGGUCACGAUCCAACCCCCUCGCCAGCCAAGAGCCAGAUAGCAGCCAAACCUGACGCCUCCAAGAUCCCCGUGGCGGAGCCCCCCCCUCCUUCAGGCCCCGCCUGUCGACCCCCAUGGGUGACUGACGUUAACUUUGCGGACAGGUACCACCCAGACAAGACCAGCACGGUCCUGACCCAACACAGGCAGCCGGCCCAGCCCACGCCCAUGCAGAGCCGCAGCACCAUCCUACAGGCGGCGCAGCAAAGCCCCGCAGACAGCGGGAAGACGCCUCUGUGUGGCGCCUGCAACAAAGUCAUAAGGGGUCGGUACCUGGUAGCGCUGGGGCGUUCCUGGCACCCAGAAGAGUUCACAUGCUCCCAGUGCAAGAUGGUUCUGGAUGAGGGAGGCUUCUUUGAGGAGAAGGGCUCUGUGUUCUGUACUAAGUGCUAUGACAACCGCUACUCUCCCAACUGUGCCAAAUGCAAAAAGAAGAUCACAGGGGAGAUCAUGCAUGCCCUGAAGAUGACCUACCACAUUCAGUGCUUCAUGUGUGCCGCCUGUAAGACCCCCAUCAGGAACCAGGCCUUCUACAUGGAGGAGGGGGAGCCCUACUGCGAGAGAGACUAUGAGAAGAUGUUUGGCACCAAGUGCCACGGAUGUGACUUCAAGAUUGAUGCAGGGGACCGUUUCCUGGAGGCUCUGGGCUACAGCUGGCAUGACACCUGCUUUGUUUGUGCUCUCUGCCAGAUCAACCUGGAGGGGAAGACAUUCUACUCCAAGAAGGACAAGCCUCUAUGUAAAGGCCACGCUUUCGCUCCCGUGUGAAAAGGCUCGACAGAAAGACGACAAAGAGAAACGAACGGCUCUCAAACACGGCCCGCCGUCUUCUCCAAGCCUGACCCGCCAACCCAAGUCCCCCGACACGCACGCCGCCAAAAACCAAGGAUGCAUCCAUCCGGGGGGGGGGGUCUGUUCUGUGUGGCAAGUUGGGUGUACUGUUCCACACCAAGCCUCGUGUCGCCGCAGCACUGGGAGCCAUGCUCUGUGUGGUAUCUCUUCUGUCUGUGUACUGCCUCAGUCUGCAUGAUUGUCUCCCUGUGUUAAGGGUCCAUAUAUUUAUAGAUAGUGUAUCGUUUUAUUUUUGGGGGGAGGCACCCAUGACUACUUGUUUGACGGCAUGGGAAAGCCGUGUUUGAAACCAAAUCAUCUAUUUGAGAGAUUUGAGCACAGCAUCGAGAGCAUGCCUCCUGGAGAUGUUCCUUGUUUGCUGUUGACAUAAUUGAUCGGUCAAAACCUGCUCUUACGAUAACAGGAUUAUAACUGUUUCUUCUCGUAUUUUGGUUACUCUUUUGUAUGAACGUGUGUAUUAAUACGUGUUUUUGGAAGCUUUACACCUUUUUUAGCUUUAAAAUCAAUAUAGUAAAUACAAAACAACCCUGCUGUGCCCAGAAGUACCUGCUUGAGGUAGAUGCAAGCCGUUUUUAGAGAGGAGCUGUACUGUUUAAACUAUGUAGCUAAUCAAUAAACCCUCUGUGGUCUUCUUAACCAGAUUCAUACCUCUUAUCCACUUUGAUACCGGGUUUCUGACAGCGUAACUUGUCAAGCAGACCAUGUACUAAUAAGGUCAGACCAGGUGGAGAUUUAACAUUCUGCAUCUUUCAAUAUUUAAUCAGGAGAAUGACAAGACAUGGCAGACAAAGGAAAAGAUUCAGUCCUUGUUUUAACAAUAUAUAAUUUAUUUACAACGAUUUCAGGUUGAAUUACUAUACAUACCUUUCUGAAAUUUCAUAUAGAUAUAUACAUAAGGCCAAGUAAAUACUUGAAAGCACUUAGAAACAAAUUUCCAAAAUUCUACCCACAAAUCCAUAUCAUUGUCCAAAAAUUACAGAAAAUCUCCUUCCGGAGAAGUUUUCCAUCUCCACAAAAGAUUUGACAACAAUUUACACUGACAAUAAGGAACUUAAAAGGUUAGAAAACAGAAAGAAAAAAAACUAAACUGAAUUGUACAAUUGCAUAAGCGCUGUGGCAUGUAGUAAAUACAGCAUUUUUGACUUGCAGAAAGGCAAGGAACAUUGAAUCAAGGAACUAAAUAGAAAAUCAUUCACAGGUACAGUAGUCUGUUAUUCUGAGUUCCAAAGGAAAAUUGAAUUCAGUCAGUGACAAGUAGAUACAAACACACACACAAACACGCUUACUCACACACGCGCAAACAUUCUAGACACCGAAUAGCAAUGAAUGUCCCUAUAAGAAAAUGUACACACACAAGGAAAUGUUUCUCAACUGCUUGUGGUGAAGUUACACAACCACUCUAAUAAACCCAAGGUCUUAUGAUAUAGAUGGUUGCUGCUUCCAGAGAGGGAGCUGAAUGGUGAGUCGUGUUCCUGGACCAUGAAGACGGAUUGUGAAGAUUUGUCCGACGAGUUCAACGGUAUCUUCGGUGGAGUCAUACCAAAUAAUGACCGGCUAUUAUUGAUCAUUAGAUAAUACAAACCAGGCACCAUUUAGCAAUGCAACCUUCUGGUUGGUGCUUAGCAGCAUUCUAGAGCCAAUAAGAUCAGUCGUAGUGUCUCUGCAGCCGGUCAUUAUUUGGCAGACCAGUGAGUUUAUUUCCGGAGGGGUGGUGGUGUUUUACAGCUUGUAAGCCAACAUGUUUACACUCCAUAACACAAACACUGUUAACAACCGCAAACACAUCUGACUGUACAACUGCCAACAAUACAAUGAUGACCCAUGGCAUGAUGUGGUUGGCCUCCUAAAAGUGAACUCAGGAGAUUGUCUGUGUCAUAGUCACAUGUUACUACACCCACUAGGUCCUGGGUUUCAGUAGGACUGCUUUCGUCACUAUUCCCUCUUGUCUGUUAAAUGCUUGUAUAUAAAUAAUCAGAUAGCCAUAAACUUGUGAGAACAAAAAACA